CCAUAACUGAUAAGCUAACAAAGCGGAAACAUCGUGCCAUGGGAUCCACCCAGGAGCAACACUACACUGAUCAGCAGGCCUUGCUCGAUGCUCAGCUUGAGCUUUGGCACAGCACAUUCGCAUACAUCAAGUCCAUGGCACUUAAAUCCGCCAUGGAACUCCGCAUCGCCGACGCAAUCCAUCAUCAUGGCGGCACUGCCACCAUCACCCAAAUAGCCACCAAGGUCCAACUUCACCCCUCAAAGAUACCAUGCAUGCGUAGACUCAUGCGCGUGCUCAGUGUCACCGGCAUCUUCAGCAUUGCCAAUGCCAAGCACUCGGCUGGUGAUGGUGAUUGUGUCUAUGGUCUCACUCCGGCAUCUCGACUUCUUGUCGGCACUCUGAGCUUGACUCCUACACUAAGCUUGAUUCUCCAUAACACUUUUGUGUCCCCCUUCCUCGGUCUUGCCACCUGGUUUGAGCAUGAGCUGCCAGAUCUGACCCUCUUUGAGAUUUCGCAUGGAAAGACUGUGUGGGAUGUGAUCGGCCACGACGAAACCGUGAGCCCUCUCUUCAAUGCUGCAAUGGUCGCAGAUAGCCGCUUCCUCAUGGAUAUUGCCAUCAAAGAGUGUGGCUACGUUUUCCAGGGGAUAAGCUCCCUCAUUGAUGUUGCGGGGGGCCAUGGUGCAGCGGCACAGGCCAUCUCAAAGGCCUUCCCUCACAUAGACUGCAGUGUGCUGGAUCUCUCACACGUCGUAGCCAGUGCUCCUGCUAGCACCGGACUUAAAUACAUUGCUGGUGACAUGUUUGAGAGCAUUCCACCUGCGAACGCAGUCUUCCUCAAGUGGGUUAUGCAUGACUGGGAUGACUCCAAAUGUGUUACGAUAUUAAAGAACUGCAAGAAGGCUAUACCUCCACGAGAUGCAGGUGGAAAGGUGAUAAUAGUAGACACCGUAGUUGGUGCAGGGCCUUCAAAUCUUAAGCAUAGAGAAACAGAAGUAUUAUAUGAUCUCUUUAUUAUGGUUGUCAAUGGCAUUGAGAGAGAUGAGCAAGAGUGGAGGAAGAUUAUAUUUGAAGCUGGUUUCACUGAGUACAAAAUUAUACCAGUUUUAGGUGUUCGGUCAAUCGUCGAGCUCUACCCCUAAAAAUUAGCCAGUUGUAAGCUAUAAUCUAUUGGGUGUGUUUCCUGAAGCUCAUCUCUCAGUUGAAUACUUUGAUGUGUGGAUCAAUCUUUCGUUUAUGUGUGCAUGUAUGCAAGUGCUUGAACCAUAUUUAUGUUUAAAAGAUUUCGUGGUUAUAUA